CGAGACAAGGGACGGAGACAAACCAGAGAGAGAGAGAGAGAGAGAGAGAGAGAGUUAUGGCGGCUAUCGGAGAGAGUCCACGAAGCCCAGAGGCGAAGCUUGGGAUGCGAGUGGAGGAUCUGUGGGACGUUCAGGAGCCACAGCUAAGUCCCACCGAGAAGCUCAACGCUUGCUUCGAAAGCAUCCCUGUGUCUGCUUUCCCUUCAGCUCCUUCAAGUCAAGUGGUGGAGAUAAAAUCAGACGCCACCCUACCGGAAGCUGUUGAAACACUAGCACACCACAAUAUUCUGAGCGCACCCGUGGUGGAUGUUAAAGCACCUGAAGGUGCUACUUGGAUUGACAGAUAUAUCGGAAUAGUUGAGUUUGCAGGAAUUGUUGUAUGGGUCUUGCAACAGUCUGAGCCUCUGUCUCCUAAGAGUCCUGCCGGUGGAGAUGCUAAUGCAGAUGCGGCUAAUGGGUUCAAUUAUACUUUAGAACUUGGGGGCUUAGGAUUUGGAUCUGCUUCAACAACUUCCGGCAACUAUUUUGAGGAUUUAACGUCUUCUGAAUUUUAUAAGAAUACCAAGGUUUGUGAUAUUUCAGGAUCAUUCCGCUGGGCCCCGUUUCUUGCAUUGCAAAGAUCCAACUCAUUUCUGACCAUGCUCUUGCUACUUUCCAAGUAUAAUAUGAAGAGUAUUCCUGUGGUAGAUCUGGGUGCAGAAAAAAUUGAUAAUGUUAUCACACAGUCUGGUGUUAUUCAUAUGUUGGCAGAGUGCGUGGGGCUUCAGUGGUUCGAGAGUUGGGGAACCAAGAAACUAUCUGAAGUUGGUCUUCCUGUAAUGACACCUGACUGUAUCAUUAAGGUUUAUGAGGAUGAACCAGUGCUUCAGGCAUUUAGAUUGAUGAGGAAAAAGAGGAUUGGAGGGUUACCCGUGAUAGAAAGGGGCAGCGACAAGGCUGUGGGUAACAUAAGCCUACAAGAUGUUCAGUUCUUGCUAACUGCUCCAGAAAUUUACCACGAUUAUAGAGCUAUUACUGUAAAAGACUUCCUGACGGCAGUUAAAAGCUACUUAAAGAAGCACAAAGAGGUCUUUCCAAUGUUAAGCACCUUGGUUACAUGCAAAAAGGAUUGCACAAUCAAAGAAUUGAUUCAAUUGCUUGACCAUGAGAAGAUUCAUAGGGUAUAUGUUGUAACUGAUGAUGGUGAUCUAGAAGGAGUGAUCACACUCAGAGAUAUCAUCUCAAGGCUGGUGGACGAGCCCAGAGGCUAUUUUGGUGAUUUCUUUGAUGGUGUUCUUCCUUUGCCUCCAGACAGCCGGGUUUAACACACUUCAAGAAUGAACAGCUUUUCAGUUCUUGAUAUCUGAUUUUCCUUUUUGUGUAGGAAUAAAAAUAGAUUGAUCUGUGGCUUCCUAAAAGGGAUAGAAGACGGUGGACUUGAGGUGUUUGUGACAUGUUCAGUUUGCAAGUUACUUCCUUAAGUCUAACUACAGUAUGAAAGUGAGAUCGUGUAUAAUUCUGAUGUUUCCAUGAAACUAUUGAACUGUUUUUUUUUUUUUUUUUGUAAAGUGAGAUCCUUCUCAACCGUUUUCUGUAUGAUUAUGCUUUCUUGAGCCAUUGAAACCAUUUUUCUUGAGAGUCUACUUGGAACAAUGUGCGACUUCCCUUUCCACAAAGUACUGGAAAUUCAAUUCAUAUUGCGCA